AUGGCGAUGACCACAAGAAAUGUGAUGAGAGCUGUCAGAGUUUUUGAAUUUGGUGGCCCUGAAGUGCUUAAACUCCAAUCAGAUGUCUUAAUUCCUGAUCCAAAAGAAAAUCAGGUGUUAAUUAAAGUCCAUGCCUGUGGGGUAAAUCCUGUCGAGACAUAUAUUCGUUCUGGAAGUUAUGCUAGGAAACCAGCUUUACCCUAUACUCCUGGCUCAGAUGUGGCUGGUGUGAUAGAAAGCGUUGGGGAACAUGUGACUGCACUCAAGAAAGGUGACAGGGUUUUUACCAUUGGUACAAUCUCUGGAGGAUAUGCAGAUUACGCCGUUGCUGCAGCUAACAGAGUCUUCCCUUUGUCAGAUAAAUUGGACUUCAAGCAAGGAGCAGCGAUUGGAAUACCCUACUUCACUGCUUAUCGUGCUCUUUUCCAAAAAGGGCGUGCCAAAGCAGGAGAAAGUGUGCUAGUGCAUGGUGCAAGUGGAGGAGUGGGAAUAGCAACAUGUCAGAUUGCCAGAGCCUGUGGUUUAAAGGUUUUGGGUACAGCAGGAACUGAGGAAGGCAUGAAGAUGGUUCUGAGAAAUGGCGCUCAUCAAGUGUUUAAUCACAGAGAAGCCAAUUACAUUGUUAAAGUUAAGGAAUACACAGGGAUGGAAGGAGUUGAUAUGAUAAUAGAAAUGCUCUCUAACGUCAAUCUCGCUACUGACUUACAACUGCUGUCCUAUGCAGGAAGGGUGAUGGUUGUGGGCUGUAGAGGUUCUAUUGAGAUAAAUCCAAGAGACACUAUGAGUAAAGAAUCCAGCAUAAUUGGAGUUAGUCUGUUUCUUGCAACUGAGGAGGAGAUGCAUGAAUGUGCCAGAGCAGUCGUUGAUGGCAUAGAAGCUGGCUGGCUGAAACCAAUUGUGGGCUCUGAAUACCCACUGGAGAAAGUAGCUGAAGCUCAUGAAGAUAUUAUUCGUGGCAGUGGGACUCGAGGAAAGAUGGUGCUCCUUCUGUAG